AUGAUAGAAAAAAUUACAAAUUUUAAUGAUCCUUUAAAAAAUGUAUUAGAAGAAUUAAUGGACGGUGAUAUAUUAGUGUUUGAAAAUGAAGAAAGAGAGGAACUUUCCGAGGUUCUGACAGGUAUAGAUUAUUUCAAAGAUUUGUAUUGUAGCGUUGAAGUGACUUGUAGACAAAUGCAUACCCAACGAUCAGGGAUUCACAAUGGAGCUAUCACAGAGAAUGACAUACGAUCAGUUCACCAGAGGGUAGGAACCGAUCCCUAUUUGUUACAAUUCUUUGAAUGUCAAAGUUAUAAAGAUAGUCCUGGUUACCCGUUGAGGUGUACAUUCGAAGGCACUCUCAAAAACCUAUUAGUGUAUUCAAAGCCAAAAGUCCCAAAGAAAAUAUUUUAUCAGCAACGAAUAUUUUACUGUAAACAGAACGAUGAUGUUGAUAUACCCUACUGUGGCUAUGUUCUUAUUUUUCAUUAUAUGGGAAAAUUGAAGCAAUUGCACAAUCUGAAAAUGAGUGAUAUAAAUAUUCCUAAAGUUAAAAGAAGAACUAUAAAAAAUAAAAGAUGA